AGUUGUGCUCUUCGUAGCUUCCUCAUCUUAUACUUUAUUAAUUAGAUACUGCUAGUAUAUAACUAUAUAUGUCUGCAUGUUCAGCAUCAACUGUAUCAUAUCGAUAUUGUGCCGAUCAAACACAUAGCUAGAUCAUCGAUCGAGCUGUAGCAAAGCAACAGAAGUGGUGGUUAUCUGAUCAUAUCAUGGACAGCGGCGGCUGGAUCGUCCAUGGCUACACCAAUGGCGCCACCGCCACCGGCGCCGGCAACCACGGCUUCACCUGUGGCUAUGCUGCCAGCAGCUGCGGUUCUUGGGAGUUCGAGCAAAGGGAGCAGCAGUUCAUCAGCUCGCAGAUUCAGCACCGUCUCAAUGAGGCAAGCUUAAUUGCUGCAGUUUAAUUGUACAUUGAUUCACUAGCUAGCUCGAGGCCUCGAGCGUCCGAUCGAUCAAGAACAAUGCGUAUAAAAUCAAAGAAAUUGUAGGAUUAAUUUGGUAGGCGUUGGAUUAAUUAAUUAUGACGUGCAGAUCAGCAUGCACCUGAGCAUGGAUGAUGACGAUGAUCAGUCCGCGGUGUACGGCGUCGCCAUGGUGGACGACCUCCUGACGCCUUCGCCGUCGACGCACCACGCCGUCGCCGCCGCCGCCGGCAGCUUCCCUUCCUCGUCAUCCUCCUCGGCCUCCUUCCGCUCCGCCUCCGUGUCGUACAGCCCGGACACCUCGUCGUCGGCGGCAGCGGCGGCGGCGACGGGAUUCUACCCGGAGUUGUCCUCGCAGGUGGCGCCAUUAUUACCACCACCACCCUUGGUGCGCAACGAGCCCCAGCCCGGCCGUUACACCGCCGGCCUGCCGCCGCCACCGCCGCCGCCGGUGACCGGUGGCGCGUUCAGGCGGUACGCGCGGCACCUCGGCCCGAGGAGGGCGCCCAAGCCGGGGGCGUGCGGGCAGAGGAUGUUCAAGACGGCCAUGUCAGCGCUGGCCAAGAUGCACAUGGAGACGACGUACAGGCGCCGCCAGUACUACUACCAGCAAGCGGCGGCGGCGGCCGAGGCGGCGCCGCCGCCGCCGUCCGGCAACAACCAGCUGCAGCACACGAUGUCGGAGCGGAAGCGGCGGGAGAAGCUCAACGACAGCUUCGUCGCCCUCAAGGCCGUCCUCCCUCCCGGCUCCAAGAAAGACAAGACGUCGAUACUGAUCAGAGCAAGGGAGUACGUGAAGUCUCUCGAGUCAAAGCUGUCGGAGCUGGAGGAGAAGAACCGGGAGCUCGAGGCGCGGCUGUCCACCCGCCCCGACGACACCAAGAACGACGAAGAGGAGGUGGCGGCGCCACCGGAGGCCGGCGGCGAGGUGAAGAGAGAGGAUCCGGUAGAGAUCGAGGCUUUAGAUAAUUUUUUUAUAAGAUGAUACGUAAGCCACAAGAAGGAGACAUUUUCAUCAAUCAAAAAGGAUAUCCUCUCGUUUUAUCUAUGUCACCUAAAUAGUCAUUUUUUUUAAAAAAAGGAAUGAUGAGAUAGAUUAAUAUAAAAUGUAUCACUCAAACAUGCAAGUUAUCAACUAGUUAUCAACUUCUACAGGUUCUAAAAAAAAAACAAAUAUAACUACGAGCGUACGAUAACUAUUUUCAGUUUAAUUUGUUCCUUUUGUUGUAACUUGUAGAAGUCUAAUUUGAGCUUGUAUGUUUGUGGAGUAAUAUAUUUCAUAUUAAUCUA